AUUUUGUAUGGAAACUUAUGUUUAAUUGAAUUGUGGACCAAAACUCUUGUUGAUCACAACUUUUUGUUUUGUUUUACCAACUAAUCGGAAAAUCUCUGAAAUACUAAUUUCAUUAUAAGCUACCGUUUAUUUCUGGAUUCUGACUAAUAACAUUAUAGAUAUUGUUCGACUUUCAAGUGAGACAUGGCAUUGGUAGCCCGAGCUACACACAGCCUAGUCCAGGGGCCAAAGAUGUCUUUACUGUUCUCCUUGCAACAGGAAAAAUGUAGUAUUUCAUUUUGACAAGUUGUGGAACUAGGCAGAACACACACACACGGACCCGUUGACUGGAUAGAAAAUAUGUCUGCUGCCGAGUGUGCAGCACACGAUUUGCGGAAGUGAGGUGCCCCCAUUCUGUAGCAGAGGAGCGAGCAGCACGAUGAGACGCCAGUAGCCGCCCGCCGUAGCAUGGCCGCGUCACGUUCCUCGCGCGUCACAAGGUCAUCGGUCGGGCUCAAUGGAUUGGACGAGAACUUCUGUGGCCGAACCCUCAGGAAUCGUAGUAUCGCCCAGCCGGAGGAGGGUCAGGGGUCACCCCUCCCCGGCAGCAGGGCCCCACGCUCUCCUAAGAAGAGACAGGAUGACCAGGCCGGGGCCUCAGAGAAGCCUGGGGGUCACCAGGGAAAGGUAGCCCACCACAAGGCCGCCUCAGUGGACGGGGAGACAUGUGCAAGCCCCAGGAAGAGGGUCCUGUCCUGCUCAGAGAGAGAGGGGGUUGGGGGUUCGGAGAAGGCUGAGAACUGUGAAGGGAGGGGGAAGGAGACGUCGGGUGCUGUGGGGAGGGAUGCUUCGCCGCUCCUCAAACGGGCCAAACGGUGCUUCCGCUCUGGGGAGUCGCAUGGAUCCAAGGAUGACCUCCCGUCUGCGCCCGUCAUCCCCGCCUCCCCCUGCGCCCCCUUAACGACUGUCAAGGAGAACAGUGAAGGGGGUGACGUGCUCAGAAGAAACUCCACCGCAGCCUCCCCUUCCUCUUCUUCACCUGACCUCAACAAGGAGGAAGGAGAGGAGGAUGACGUCGGCGGCCAUAUUGAGAGCGACGGCCAUGCUCAGCAGCCCCUGAACUCCAACUCCCAUAAGUCCAGUACCGGGCUGGGGCAGACCAGCAGUGGCCCUGAUGCUCAGACAAACUCCCUGUGUCUCAGCGCUGCCUCCAACACCACCUGUCCAGGUCCCAGUCCAGCACUGCUGAACGGCAGCAAGAGGGGGGCGCCCUGCCCCUCGCCCCCAGACCCCAUAGUGCCUUGUAGAAACUCUGAUCCUGGGCAGGAGGAGGGGGGUAAAGACUCGGAUCAUGGGCAGGAGGAGGAAGGUAAAGACUCUGAUCCUGGGCAGGAGGAAGGGUGUAAAGACUCUGAUCCUGGGCAGGAGGUAGAGUGUAAAGACUCUGAUCCUGGGCAGGAGGAAGGGUGUAAAGACUCUGAUCCUGGGCAGGAGGAAGGGUGUAAAGACUCUGAUCCUGGGCAGGAGGAAGGGUGUAAAGACUCUGAUCCUGGGCAGGAGGAAGGUAAAGACUCUGAUCCUGGGCAGGAGGAGGAAGGUAAAGACUCUGAUCCUGGGCAGGAGGUAGAGUGUAAAGACUCUGAUCCUGGGCAGGAGGAGGGUAAAGACUCUGAUCCUGGGCAGGAGGAGGAGGGUAAAGACUCUGAUCCUGGGCAGGAGGAGGAGGGUAAAUACUUUGAUCCUGGUCAGGAGGAAGGUAAAGACUCUGAUCCUGGUCAGGAGGAAGGUAAAGACUCUGAUCCUGGGCAGGAGGAAGGGUGUAAAGACUCUGAUCCUGGGCAGGAGGAAGGUAAAGACUCUGAUCCUGGGCAGGAGGAGGAGGGUAAAGACUCUGAUCCUGGUCAGGAGGAAGGUAAAGACUCUGAUCCUGGUCAGGAGGAAGGUAAAGACUCUGAUCCUGGGCAGGAGGAAGGGUGUAAAGACUCUGAUCCUGGGCAGGAGGAAGGUAAAGACUCUGAUCCUGGGCAGGAGGAAGGUAAAGACUCUGAUCCUGGGCAGGAGGUAGAGUGUAAAGGCUCUGAUCCUGGGCAGGAGGAGGGUAAAGACUCUGAUCCUGGGCAGGAGGAAGGGGGUAAAGACUCUGAUCCUGGGCAGGAGGAGGAAGGUAAAGACUCUGAUCCUGGGCAGGAGGAAGGUAAAGACUCUGAUCCUGGGCAGGAGGAAGGGUGUAAAGACUCUGAUCCUGGGCAGGAGGAAGGUAAAGACUCUGAUCCUGGGCAGGAGGAAGGGUGUAAAGACUCUGAUCCUGGGCAGGAGGAAGGGUGUAAAGACUCUGAUCCUGGGCAGGAGGUAGAGUGUAAAGGCUCUGAUCCUGGGCAGGAGGAAGGUAAAGACUCUGAUCCUGGGCAGGAGGAGGAAGGGUGUAAAGACUCUGAUCCUGGGCAGGAGGUAGAGUGUAAAGACUCUGAUCCUGGGCAGGAGGAAGGGUGUAAAGACUCUGAUCCUGGGCAGGAGGAAGGUAAAGACUCUGAUCCUGGGCAGGAGGAGGAAGGUAAAGACUCUGAUCCUGGGCAGGAGGUAGAGUGUAAAGACUCUGAUCCUGGGCAGGAGGAAGGGUGUAAAGACUCUGAUCCUGGGCAGGAGGUAGAGUGUAAAGGCUCUGAUCCUGGGCAGGAGAAGGGGUGUAAAGACUCUGAUCCUGGGCAGGAGGAGGGGUGUAAAGACUCUGAUCCUGGGCAGGAGGAGGGGUGUAAAGAUUCUGAUCCUGGGCAGGAGGAAGGUAAAGACUCUGAUCCUGGGCAGGAGGAAGGUAAAGACUCUGAUCCUGGGCAGGAGGAGGAAGGUAAAGACUCUGAUCCUGGGCAGGAGGAAGAGUGUAAAAACUCUGAUCCUGGGCAGGAGGAGGAAGGUAAAGAAUCUGAUCCUGGGCAGGAGGAGGAGGGUAAAGAAUCUGAUCCUGAGCAGGAGAAGGAAGGUAAAGACUCUGAUACUGGGCAGGAGGAGGAAGGUAAAGACUCUGACCCUGGGCAGGAGGAGGAGGGUAAAGACUCAGGGGAGGGUCCUGCUCCUCUUUUGGCCUCCUUUGAGGAGGACUCCUCUACUCCCCACCUGUCUGUCAGAGAGGAGGAGGUGGAUGUAGUGGGGGACUCAGUGUGUCGGGAGGAGGUGGUGACAGCAACCGAGGAGGAGGAGGAGGAGAGUUGCGGCGGGGGAAUUAACGGAUGGUCGUUCACGCCGCUGGUGGUGCAGAACACUGUUGCCACCAGCAUCAUCAUCAACAACAACAUCAGAAACGUAAACAACAUCAACAACGUAAACAACAACAAUAACUCCACCAUGCCACUGCUAGCUCCCCCAACACCCUCAGACCCACCCUGCACCCCCUCUAUCUCCGGCACCUCGCCCCCCUCCUUCACAGAGCCCCACGAACACAGGUACACCCUGAGGACUUUGCCCCGUAGGGCGGCUUUCGGCGGAGGCAAGGCCGUGGCCCCCUGCUCCUCUCCCAGGAACCCGCUGAAGGACGGGGUGGAGGAGGAGAGAGAGCUGGUCGCUACUCCUACCCUCUCCGCAGGCUCCAGUAUCCAGUCCAGGGAGUGGUCUCUCCUGUCUCCUCCGUCUGUCCCCAUGGAGCAGGGGAACGGUGGGGCCAGAAGGGACAGGGUAGGGUGGGACAAUAGGGGCCAUGGGGAGCUCUGUGAGACCAGGGGAGGUCUAGACAGUAAGGAGGUGCCAGGAGGAGGAAGUCAACAGGAGGAUGAGGAGGAGGACCCAGACGUGUAUUACUUUGAGUCAGACCACCUGACCCUUAAACAUAACAAAGAUUACCAGAGGUUACUCCAUACUGUAGGUGUGUUGGAGGCCCAGAGAACUCAGAGUAUACUGGACCUGGAGCGUCUGGCCAGACAGCAGAGAGAAGCUCUCCGAGACCCCGUCAGCUUUGUGGAGCAGCUGCAGAAACAGGUGGAGUUGGACCUGCCGCGGCCCCAGAGAGUGGUUCAGCUGCCAGACAUCUCGUGGGACCAGUACACCUCAGGACUGGGUGACUUCGAGAGGGAGUUCUGUGACAAGAAACGUACAACCAGGAGACUCAAACUCAUAUUCGAUAAGGUUAGGUUACCAGUCGGACCAAAAAGCCCUCUGGAUCCCAAGAAGGAGGAGGAGGGUGAAUCGUCGACCCUGUACUCUGCUCUGCCCUCUAGUGACGCUCCUGAGAACAGCAGCAACUCACAGAUGAUCCGAGGGCGGCUGUGUCACCAGAUUAAACCUGACACCUUCAACCAGCUGUGGACCGUGGAGGAACAGAAAAAGUUGGAGCAUCUGCUGCUGAAGUUCUCUCCUGAGGAGGUGGAGUCUAAACGCUGGCAGAAGAUAGCUGACGCCCUGGGCAACAGGACCACUAAACAGGUGGCCAGCCGCGUUCAGAAGUACUUCAUCAAACUGACUAAAGCAGGGAUCUCUGUUCCUGGGAGGACCCCCAACAUGUGUAUCUACAGCAAGAAGGUGUCCAAUAAGAGGCAGCACCACCUGAACAAGCACCUGUACCGACCGUCUACCUUCCUGACGUCAUAUGAGCCUCCUGUCUACAUGGAUGAAGAGGAUGAGAGAGCGGCCUACUAUAGCGCCCUGCAGGACCCCGAUGGAGACGACACGGAUGAGGAGGGUGUACCUGUGGAGUUGAGACACCUGCCGGAGUACAAGGAGCUUCUGGAGCUGAAGAGGAUGAAGAAACACAAACUGCAGGAGAUCCAGGCUGAGAGUAGCAUGGCCCUGCACCAUGGAUACAAGUGUGACGUGUGUGGCAUGCAGCCUAUCCAGGGGUUGCGUUGGCAUUGUCAGGACUGUCCCUCAGACAACGCCGUGGACUUCUGCUCCGACUGCCUGUACAAGACAGAGAGCCACGCGCCCAGCCACCAUCUGGAGCCUGUCCAUCACCAUGAGACCUUCCUAGACAGAGACUACUGCCUGGCUCAGACCCCUGGAUAUAACUACCUGGACCCCAACUACUACCCUGCUAACAGAUGACAGCGUGGCCCCUAAUCUCAGCCCUGGGGCCACAGCGACAGACUCCUAGCCUCCUGGUCCAGCACCUGGGGCCACAGCUACAGACCCCUAGCCUCCUGGUCCAGCCCUGGGGCCACAGCUACAGACACCUAGCCUCCUGGUCCAGCCCUGGGGCCACAGCUACAGACUCCUAGCCUCCUGGUCCAGCCCUGGGGCCACAGCUACAGACUCCUAGCCUCCUGGUCCAGCCCUGGGGCCACAGCUACAGACUCCUAGCCUCCUGGUCCAGCCCUGGGGCCACAGCUACAGACCCCUAGCCUCCUGGUCCAGCACCUGGGCCAUAGCUACAGACUCCUAGCCUCCUGGUCCAGCCCUGGGGCCACAGCGACAGACUCCUAGCCUCCUGGUCCAGCACCUGGGCCAUAGCUACAGACUCCUAGCCUCCUGGUCCAGCCCUGGGGCCACAGCUACAGACUCCUAGCCUCCUGGUCCAGCCCUGGGGCCACAGCUACAGACCCCUAGCAUUCUGGUCUAGCCCUGGGGCCACAGCUACAGACUCCUAGCCUCCUGGUCCAGCCCUGGGGCCACAGCUACAGACUCCUAGCCUCCUGGUCCAGCACUGGGGCCACAGCUACAGACCCCUAGCCUCCUGGUCCAGCCCUGGGGCCACAGUUUCAGCUACACUCCACUUAGCCUCAGCCAGCCAGCCCCAGGCUGAGCUCAGCCUACAGAAGCCUACAACCGGCAGGCCACACUGUGAAUGGCUCCAGACCUGGAGAACCUAGACAGCUCUCAGUCCAGCUACCCUGCUCACCUCAUCCCACUAGCCCAUCAGGAAGGCAGGCAUGGGGUCUCUGACUGCAGGCUGUGGUGGGGGGGGG